AACUUGGUCAAGGACGGUCAUGUCCCUCUCUCCCAUCCUCAGGCGCUGGCGCCCCCACACCACCCCAGUCCUCCUGCGAGCCCUGACCACCCCGCCUCAUUCGGGCUACUCAUUCCCGACGAGCACCGACUUCUCCCGCUCGCCAUUCGAGCACGUCUCCGUCGGCCACUCACGUAUCACCCUCCCUACGUUCGCUUCCAAAGCAGAGGAGGAACAGUACAGGAAGGAACAUCUCGCUGCGGUAUUUCGCGUCUUGGCCAGAGAAGGGCUUGCGGAGGGGAUCGCUGGCCACUGUUCGGUGCGCUCAGCGAUCGACCCUUCGAAAUUCUACAUCAACCCAUGGUCCAAGUCUUUCUUUCGUAUGAAAGCUUCCGACCUCGUAUUAGUGGACGGGGACGGUCAGGUAGUGCAGGAUGGCACGGAGACACAGGGGAGGAGCGUAGAUGCCAGUGCGACGGGGCUGCAUGCGCCGAUAUAUAGAGAGGCGGAGGACGUGUGCUCGAUCGUUCAUGUCCAUGGGCCGUAUUCGAAGGCGUUUUCCGCGUUGGGGAAGCCGGUGGAGAUGAUCAACCAGGACGCAUGUGCGUUCCACGGAUGUAUCAUCGACGUUGGGUUCGAAGGGCUCGUGGUGGACGAAUCUGAAGGAACGCAGAUCGUGAGCCGGAUGACGCCGUCGACGAAGAUCGCUCUGUUGCAAAAUCACGGGUCGCUCGCUCUGGGCCGGACGAGCCCUGAUGAAGCGGCUUGGUGGUUCCUCUCCUUUGAGAAAGUCUGCCGCGCCCAACUGCUUGUCAUGUCCGCGCUCAAACCUGGCGAAAAGCCCAUCCUGGUCAAUGACGAAGCGCGCGAGUUUACGCUGCGGGAGAUGGGCACGGCUGAGAUGGGCUGGCUCGGGUUUGCGGGGUAUUAUGAGCGGGAGGAGUGGGAGGAUGGGGAUUUUAAGAAAUAGAGCUCAAGUAUUCCCACAAUCGAAUGCUAUUAAUAUUCUUUCCCGUAUGAACAUUCCAUUCCUCAAUCCCAAUGGACCGGUGCGUUAUCGGACCGGACCGUUUGGUUGAGAUCAAGAGAGGAAUAUGACCCGGUGCGGUGAGUGAAAUGGCG